CUGGAGGCGCCGGCCGCCUCGCGGGCCGCGGGUCCGCCUCCGCCGCGCCGAGGGCGUGGGCUGUCGGCUCCCGGAAGCGGCGGCCGCGCCGCGGAGCCGAGCGGGCGUCGGUCCCCGGAGCGGCAAUGCGCGGCGGUCGGAGGCUGUGACCUGAGCGCGGCGGCGCGGUGGAGACCUCUGCAUGGCGGCCCGUUGAGGCGGCGGUGGCGGCGGCGGCUCCUCCGGGCGCGGCGUGGCGGCGGCCGGGGUGAUGCUGCUCAAGCUCUUACAGAGACAGACCUAUACCUGCCUGUCCCACAGGUAUGGGCUCUACGUCUGUUUCGUGGGCGUCGUUGUCACCAUCGUCUCUGCCUUUCAGUUCGGAGAGGUGGUUCUGGAGUGGAGCCGAGAUCAAUACCAUGUUUUAUUUGAUUCCUAUAGAGACAAUGUUGCUGGAAAGUCCUUUCAGAAUCGGCUCUGCCUGCCCAUGCCGAUCGACGUGGUUUACACCUGGGUGAAUGGCACAGAUCUUGAACUUCUGAAGGAACUACAGCAGGUCAGAGAACAGAUGGAGGAGGAGCAGAAAGCAAUGAGAGAAAUCCUUGGGAAGAAUACAACGGAACCAACUAAGAAGAGUGAGAAGCUGGAAUGUUUGCUGACACACUGCAUUAAGGUGCCAAUGCUUAUCCUGGACCCAGCCCUGCCAGCCAACAUCACCCUGAAAGACCUGCCAUCUCUUUAUCCUUCUUUUCGUUCUGCUAGUGACAUAUUCAAUGUUGCAAAACCAAAAAACCCUUCCACUAAUGUCUCAGUUGUUGUUUUCGACAGUACUGCGGACGUGGAAGGUGCCUAUGCUGGACUAUUUAGAGGAAGCAGCAAACAGACAGUUUGGAGGGGCUACUUGACCACAGAUAAAGAAGUCCCUGGGCUAGUGCUAAUGCAAGACUUGGCUUUCCUGAGUGGAUUUCCACUGACAUUCAAGGAAACAAAUCAACUAAGAACAAAACUGCCAGAAAAUCUUUCUUCUAAAAUCAAACUGUUGCAGUUGUAUUCAGAGGCCAGUGUAGCACUACUAAAAUUGAACAACCCCAAGGAUUUCCAAGAACUGAAUAAACAAACUAAGAAGAACAUGACCAUUGAUGGAAAAGAACUGACCAUCAGUCCUGCGUAUUUAUUAUGGGAUCUGAGUGCCAUCAGCCAGUCUAAGCAGGAUGAAGACAUUUCUGCCAGUCGUUUUGAAGAUAAUGAAGAGCUGAGAUACUCACUGAGAUCUAUUGAGAGGCAUGCACCCUGGGUCCGGAAUAUUUUCAUUGUCACCAAUGGGCAGAUUCCAUCCUGGCUGAACCUUGACAAUCCUCGAGUGACAAUAGUAACGCACCAGGAUGUUUUUCGAAAUUUGAGCCACUUGCCUACCUUUAGUUCACCUGCAAUUGAAAGUCAUAUUCAUCGCAUCGAAGGGCUGUCCCAGAAGUUUAUUUACCUAAACGAUGAUGUCAUGUUUGGGAAGGAUGUCUGGCCAGAUGAUUUUUAUAGUCACUCCAAAGGUCAGAAGGUUUAUUUGACAUGGCCUGUGCCAAACUGUGCCGAGGGCUGCCCGGGUUCCUGGAUUAAAGAUGGCUAUUGUGACAAGGCUUGUAAUAAUUCAGCCUGUGAUUGGGAUGGUGGUGAUUGCACUGGCAACACUGGAGGAAGCCGCUAUAUCGCAGGAGGCGGGGGCACUGGAAGUAUUGGGGUCGGACAGCCCUGGCACUUUGGUGGAGGAAUAAAUGGUGUCUCUUACUGUAAUCAAGGAUGUGCAAAUUCUUGGCUCGCUGAUAAGUUCUGUGACCAAGCCUGCAAUGUCUUGGCCUGUGGGUUUGAUGCUGGAGACUGUGGGCAAGAUCAUUUUCAUGAAUUAUAUAAAGUAACUCUUCUUCCAAACCAGUCUCACUAUAUUAUUCCAAAAGGUGAAUGCCUGCCUUAUUUCAGCUUUGCAGAAAUAGCCAAAAGAGGAAUUGAAGGUGCCUAUAGUGACAAUCCAAUCAUUCGACAUGCUUCUAUUGCCAAUAAGUGGAAAACCAUCCACCUCAUUAUGCACAGUGGGAUGAAUGCAACCACUAUACACUUCAAUCUCACACUUCAAAAUAGAAAUGACGAAGAGUUCAAAAUCCAGAUAAUGGUAGAGGUGGAUACAAGGGAGGGAACAAAGCUGAAUUCUACGAUCCAGAAGGCUUCUGAAAAUUUGGCUAACCCCGUAACACUUCUUCCAGAGGUGGAAGCCCUUUUUGAGGAGGUUCCUGAAGAAAAACGUUUCCCAAAGGUAAAGAGACAUGAUGGUAGGACAAGGAGAUUCCAAGAGGAAGUGAAAAUUCCCACGGUAAAUACUUCACUCCUUCCAAAAGAGGUCCAGUUGAGUCUCAGUAACUUGGAUUUGCAACUGGAACGUGGGGACAUCACCUUGAAAGGAUACAAUUUGUCCAAGUCAGCCUUGCUGAGAUCAUUUGUGAUGAACUUACAGGAUGCUAAUGUAAAAAUAAAUCAAGGUAUAUUAACAGAUGAAACAAAAACCAGUUUGGCGGCCCUAUCAGAAAAACAGGUUCACAAAAGCAGCUUGCCAGACAACUUAGGAGCAUCUGACAGAUCACAGAAGUCAUCUUUUCCAGCAGUGACCAUAAAAGUGAAUGGUCACUACCAGAGUCAGAAUCCACUCCCAGACUUGGAGGCCAAAGCAAGAUUUAUAUCGGAAAGUCAGACCCAAAAAUUAGUAGGUGCAUUAAAAGAAAAACUCUCACCUCCGAUUGUUCCGCUAGAAAACCAUGUGAAAAAAGAAAAAAUCACAGGGAAAGAAGAAGAGAAAAACAGAAUGGGGGAAAAUGCUAAACAUCACAUAAGUGUUAAUCAAGUAUUACUUGGAAGAAAGCUGCAGCAUUACACAGGAACUUACCUGGGCUUCUUGCCUUGGGAGAAAAAGAAGUAUUUCCAAGAUCUCCUUGAUGAAGAAGAGUCUUUGAAGAAACAACUGGCAUAUUUUACCGAGAGCAAACAUACUGGGCGGCAACUAAAAGAUACUUUUGCAGAUUCCCUCCGAUAUGUAAAUAAAAUUCUAAAUAGCAAGUUCGGGUUCACAUCUCGGAAAGUCCCUGCUCACAUGCCUCACAUGAUUGACCGAGUCGUUAUGCAAGAACUGCAAGAUAUGUUCCCUGAAGAAUUUGACAAGACGUCAUUUCACAAAGUGCGACAUUCUGAAGAUAUGCAGUUUGCCUUCUCUUAUUUUUACUAUCUCAUGAGUGCAGUUCAGCCACUGAAUGUAUCUCAAGUCUUUGAUGAAGUAGAUACAGACCAAUCUGGUGUCUUGUCUGACAGAGAAAUACGAACACUGGCUACCAGAAUUCAUGAACUGCCUUUAAGUUUGCAGGAUUUGACAGGUCUGGAACACAUGUUAAUAAAUUGCUCAAAAAUGCUUCCUGCCAAUAUCACUCAGCUAAACAAUAUUCCACCGACUCAGGAAGCUUACUAUGAUCCCAAUCUGCCACCAGUCACUAAAAGUCUAGUAACCAACUGUAAACCAGUAACUGACAAAAUCCACAAAGCAUAUAAGGACAAAAACAAAUAUAGGUUUGAAAUUAUGGGAGAAGAAGAAAUUGCUUUUAAAAUGAUUCGUACCAAUGUUUCUCAUGUUGUUGGUCAGUUGGAUGACAUAAGAAAAAAUCCCAGGAAGUUUGUUUGCCUGAAUGACAACAUUGACCAUAAUCAUAAAGAUGCCCAGACAGUGAAGGCUGUUCUCAGGGACUUCUAUGAAUCCAUGUUCCCCAUUCCUUCCCAGUUUGAGCUGCCAAGAGAGUAUCGGAACCGUUUCCUUCACAUGCAUGAGCUUCAGGAAUGGAGGGCAUACCGAGACAAACUAAAGUUUUGGACCCAUUGUGUACUGGCAACAUUGAUAAUGUUUACUAUAUUCUCAUUUUUUGCUGAGCAGUUAAUCGCACUUAAGAGGAAGAUAUUUCCCAGGAGGAGGAUACCCAAAGAAGCUAGUCCCGAUCGAAUCAGGGUAUAGAAGAUCUUCAUUUGAAAAUCAUCUACCUCAGCAUUUACUGAGCAUUUUAAAACUCAGCAUCACAGAGAUAUCCUUGUGAUGUGUUGUUUAUUAGCCAUCUUGGCCUGAAGAAGGAUAACAUCCAGUACCAUGCUGUUUUGUGUCAUGAAUAUAACCCGUUGACCAGAAAUCAUACAGCUACCAUGCUGAAAAUUUGUGCGUUGAGCAGCUCUGAACUGGUUUUACUUUUAAAGCAUUUGCCUGUGGACCUAUCAUCUUUUUUAUAAAAAGGCUAACUGACAAGAGACAGCUGCUAAUUUCCCAGAGCAAGCAUUGCAGACUCACUUUAAUAUGAGAAGCCUAGGCCAGCUUAGGAGUGAUUACUAAGGGACCCCAGUCUUUGCAUUGCAAAGUCUUCUGCUAUACUUUCAUGCUCCCUCCAUUUCCCAUUUUUAAAAUAAGUAGUUACUAAGUUAACUAAUUAUUCUUACAACUUUUGAACAUAACGAAUUAUGAUGUCUAAACAUAUUUUUGUAGAUGUUAUUUAAAUAAUGCAGUGGUAUUGCCUCCUCUUGGCAAUAUCUAAAUUGUGGAUUUUAUUAAUGUUGAAGAUUGUUUGUGGUCUUAAACCACUAAUAACUACUGAAGAGCUCAAUGACUGACAUCUGAAACACUCUGUGCUUGUUUACUUCAGCCCCUAGGAAUACUAUUUCAUGUGCAAGCCUAAUUACAAAGGGCUAAAGUCAAGUAGCAGUGCUACUUACCAGUUGUAAUUAUGUUUUAGAAAUGUACAUAUUCAAACAGAAGUGCCUCAUUUUAGAAAUGAGUAGUGCUGAUGGCACUGGCACAUUACAGUGGAAGUUUAAUACUCAGCGGUAUAUCGUAGUAGCUCUCUCUAUAAAAGCCCAGAUAGUAAAUAAUUAUAGGUCACAUAUUCUUCUAUGUUUGGCCGGUGUGUGUGUGUUUUUUUUUUUUUUUUGAAUGACUGUCUAAAAUAUGUAAAAACCAUGUUUAGCUUGUAGCUGUACAGAAACAGGCCACCAGCUACAUUUGACUCACAAGCCAUUGUUUUCUGAUCACUGAGAUUUGUAUUUUUGUGUAUAGGUAAAUCCUGACAUUCAGCUGUAUUCUGUUUAUAUCAUUAUACAGUGGAUUGUGGAGACCAGAUUCCACAAGUCCUUUUUGAACUCUGAGAGGUAUUUUAGAUCAUUAUUUCAACAGUAUUCUUUCAAAAUGGCACACAUCUUUGUAAAAAGAUCUUGAAGUGUAAAUAGUGUGUGUUCUGUAAGAAUUAUGUAUUUCAAAAAUUGAGGUCUCAUAAAAAGUUACAUUUUG